GAACUGAACGCUCGCGUUUUAACCAUACGCGCGUCUUGCUCGCGUUUUUGCAGCGUAGACGCCUGUUUCCUACAGCCUCAACAAGAAGCGCACUAACGGCCGGCGAUGGAGUGGCGACCGCAGUCUUCAGUGUGUUGUGAGGCUGCUUACUCAGAAGCACAGAGAUGGAUUGAGGCAGUCACUAAGAAGAAGUUUGUGAGCAGUAAUUUCCGGAGUUCUCUGGAGAAUGGACUUCUGUUGUGUGAUCUGAUCAACAAGAUCAGACCUGGCGUCGUCAAGAAGCUAAACAGAUUAUCCACACCUAUUGCUGGCCUGGACAACAUCAGCCUCUUCUUAAAAGCCUGUGCAAAGCUUGGACUAAAAGAGGCCCAGCUUUUCCACCCUGGAGACCUUCAAGACUUAUCCACACGUGUGACUGUCAAGCACCAGGAGAGCAGCAGGAGGCUCAAAAAUGUUCUGAUCACCAUAUACUGGUUGGGCAGAAAGGCACAUGCUGAUCAUUUUUAUAAUGGACCUUACCUAAAACUAAAGGCUUUCGAGGGAUUACUUGGCAAAGCACUAUAUAAGACACUAGAGGAUUGCACAUCACUGCAGGGCAGUGUGCGAAACAGCUCUUGUAGAGACAGCUGGUACUCAGAGAAAGAAGAGCUCUUCCCACUACGAGCCGGACACAGGAGAGAAGACUCUCUAGACAGCCUCGACUCACUGGGCUCCAGAACUUACAGCACAUCCUCAGACGCUACACUCAAAGGAAGCAGCGAGGGUUGUGGCAGUGACCCUGAAGCAGAUCUGAGCUUCAUGAUGUCAGAAAAUAAAGAAUACCGCCGUUCACUGGUCGUUGCACCUAAGACCACCACUCAGUACAAUCAGUUCCUGCCAUCAAAGGACAAGCAGUCAGGCUACGUUCCAGCACCAUUACGCAAGAAACGUGCCGAGCGAAAUGACGACAACAGAAGAAGCUGGGCUAGCCCUAUGUACACAGAAGAUGAUGGCACUUUUACAAGUCAUGAGAGGGCAGGUUCAGACCCUUCAUCUAUCACCGGGUUGAAAUCCCAGACAGCCGUUCGCCCGUCUUUGGCCUAUCAGUAUGAGAGCAGUGAUUCGGAUGCAGACCGACCGGAUCCCGACGUGGUUCUAGAUGACCUCGCUAGCCGUAGAUUUCACAGCCCCUCCCCUGUCGCUCUGACCAACUUUGCCUUACCCAUGAGCCACCUGGAGACAACUGCUGUCCCGUGUACUACCAGGUCACAGGUGGCUGUCAGUAAUGUGUCCCGGCAGACACUGACCCAUCUCAGCAGUCAGUCACAGCCUCUUCAGAGGACUUACAGGAGACCUGUAUCGGCUGGUGUCUGCGUUUAUGAUGACUCUGAGGAAGAGGAUGACGAGUUUGGCUAUGCCGAUCCUGUUCAAGAUGAUAUUUAUGCCCGUAAAGUAGGCCUGAUGCCUCAACCGUCUGUAACAGUGCCUUUUGAUAAAUUUCUGCCCAAGUUCUGGACACCUGAGGAGGAUGCACACGUGAAGAAGAUCAAACUGGGCUCCCAGCGCCGGCCUUGGUACAGGAAGAUGCAAGGAUUCAGCCACAAGAAGUCAGGUUCAUCCUCUGAAGAAUCAGACGGUGACGUCAACCCCUGGCUCUCUGUACCUACUUUCUCCCGCACUCAAUCUGAACCCCCUCCCUCUCACUCCCAUGCACCUGAAGGCCUCGCUCAGUCCAGCCUCACUUCCCCACUCAGUUGUCAAAUACAACCUCUCACAGUUGCUCAGCAGACUGCUGGGCUGCAUAAUUUAAAGCCCCCUGAUUUUUGGCCCAGACCGGAUCCCGCCUCUGGCCCCAGACUCAUAAAAUGUGAAAAGCGUCCCCUCCUUGGGCGUGAACACCCUAACGACCCAUACAACGUUUCUGCCGACAUCCUGCCUGAUUUGGAAAAUGACGAUAUGUUCACACGUCGUACAAAAACCUUCCACUCAAGCAAUGACCUGGCCAAAUUGAAGUAUGGUAACUUCCUGUUGUCUCGCCGCAGAUCGAAGGCCGACGUCAUGGUGGUAAUUCAGCCCCGCCACGAAAGUGAACCCAUUUAUCCUGACAUUGAAAAAGACGAUGUGGUUUUUCGAAGGGCUCAACAGCAAAUCAGUCAUCGCCCUCUGUCUGGGGCCGCUGAUAACUACCACCCUGUUCCUAUUCCAGAGGCAUGGGCUUUGCCACCAAAACAGCAGGCCAAGCUGAUGUGUGACCCAGUUGAACCCAGACAGCACCAACCCAAACCAGAGAUUAAACACGGAGCAGAACAGCACCUGAAGGCAGAUGAUAUGCUACUUAGGAAGCUAAGAGCUUUAAAUACCCAAGGAAAGAUGGAAAGGGAAGCUCCUGGUGUUUCUUUAUCUUGCAGUGAGGAAGAUAUGCAGAAAUGGCAAGCCAUCAGAGAGGCCAGCCGUGUGCGAUACCGGAAGAGGCUGAUGGUGGAGAGACUGCUCCAGAAAAGCUCUGGUAGUGAAGGGAGCAAAUCAGUGAGUGACAUCACCGACAGUGAGAUGAACCUCAGCAACUUGUCAAUGGAGUUGCGAGUUGAAGAGAUGCAGAAGAUGCGUGCUCGGUUGAAGGAUAAUGAGGAUAAGUGGCAAGAUGAUCUUACAAGGUGGAAGAAUAAGCGCAGGAGUGUGAAUUCUGACAUUGUGAAGAAGAAAGAGGAGAGAGAGCAGACUGAUCAGAUCUCUUCAGGCGGCAUCAGGAAAUCAAAGACCUUCAAGGAAAUGCAGGAUGAGAGAGAGAGCCGACAGCAAAGCAACUACAGGGACAGCUUUAACUCAAUCUCUGAUGAUGUCUUCGAAGGACCUGUACCCCGAAACAGAACUCUGCCAGCACGUAGCUACACCAUUGAUACUCCUUACACCCCCAAGGACAAACCUUCAGUACCCUCCAUACCAUAUCUGAGAGAAAAGGAACCUGUCGCUGGCACUCUGGCAUCAGAUCAGACAGAUUUUCAUACCAGACGUAAUCGCUUCAGCCCAGAUAUCCCACUGAAAAUUAAUAACAACAUUGAGGAGAGCCAUACAACGACCCGAAGCCUUCUGGAUGAUCCAGUUCCUGCGUUGUCCAGCAGCAACUCCAGCCUGAUCAAGCACACCAGCGUCAGUAAAACCAGCAGCGUUCUCAACAGCUCGGAGUUGAUUAGCAACACUAAGCCAGUCAAGAACUCCAGCGGCCCCAUUAGCUCUUUGUAUAAACCCAAUUCAAUGGAUACAAAGCAGUCUGGGCUGGAUCAAGUUUCUGCCUCCCUCCCCAGGAGCUACCAGAGAUCGGAUAGCGCAAGACUCACCUCUGUAGUCACGCCCAGGCCAUUCGGCACACAGUCCAACCGAAUAGCCUCCCUUCCCAGAGUGUUCACGGUGGACAACUCUCUUAAGCGCACAAAUGGAGAGACAGACAGCCUCAAGAAAUCUACAAUUUCCAACCGAUAUGCUCAGUAUGUGAAAGAGGAUGAAGAUAUUUCCCAGGAAAGUCCUGUACAAAGCAGUGACGAAGAGGAGGAAGAGGAGAAAACCCCAUCUCCUGUCCCUCCGGUCAACAGACUGUCCCCCCUGCCCAAAUCUCCAUCCCCGCUCAUCCCUUCUAAUGAGGUGGACUACAGUGAGAUGAGGAUCAGCCUGAACCAGAAACCCAACAGCAGCCAGGACUUUGGCUUUCAGAGCAACUGGGACUCCACGGGGGUCCGUGUCAAAUCUGUAGUUCCAGGCAGCCCAGCGGGGCUCGGUCAAGUGAAGGUUGGAGAUGAGAUCCUUACAGUGAACGGCCACAUGGUGGCAGACCUGAGCUAUACUGAGUGGAAGAACAGUAUGGAGGAGGCCUUGCAGCAGGGUAGUCUGUUUAUGGACAUCCGCAGACAUGGCAAGAAUAACUGGGGCAGAGACCUACCUUCCCUUCCAUUUAAAAGCCAUAAGACCAUCAAUCUGACCAGUCUGGAUCCUCUAGGUCCCUCUGAGCCAUACCUCAGCACCAACCUGGAUUUCACAUCCCAACAAACCAAGGAUAUGGUCGUGAAAACUGUGAAUGUCAGCUCACAGUCUGGCAAUAAUUAUGGUACGAAUGGGAUAAAUGGUGGUUUCCGUGAGGAUUCAAAGACUUCGAAUAAUAAAGAAUCCAUUACUUUGAAAAACUUAAAAAGGAGAUCAGAGUUUUUUGAACAAGGUGGAUCGGACACAGCAAUAUCAAAUCUGACCGUUCCCUCUAUCACUACAUCCACUACCCGGUCCUGGGACCCUGAAGAAGAGCGCAAACGACAGGAGAAAUGGCAGAAAGAGCAGGAGCGUUUGCUGCAGGAGAAGUACAAAAAGGACCAAGAAAAACUCGAAGAUGAGUGGAGAAAGGCACAGCAUGAGCUUGAGAAGGAGAACUUCAAAAAACAUGAGGAGGAGAUGCAGCGUUUAGAGGAAGAGAGGAGAAAAAGGGAGGAACAAGAGCACCUUGAGGAAGAGAAGAAGAAGAGAGAAGAAGAACAGAGGAAAAGAAGAGAAGAGGAGUGGCUGCGUUUAGAGGAAGAGAGGAGAAAACAAGAAGAACAAGAGCGCCUUGAGGAAGAGAAGAAGAAGAGAGAAGAAGAACAGAGGAAGAGAAGAGAAGAGGAGUGGCUGCGUUUAGAGGAAGAGAGGAGAAAACAAGAAGAACAAGAGCGCCUUGAGGAAGAGAAGAAGAAGAGAGAAGAAGAACAGAGGAAGAGAAGAGAAGAGGAGUGGCUGCGUUUAGAGGAAGAGAGGAGAAAACGAGAAGAACAAGAGCGCCUUGAGGAAGAGAAGAAGAAGAAGAGAGAAGAAGAGGAGAGGAAAAAAAGAGAACAGGAUAGGCUGCGUUUAGAGGAAGAGAGGAGGAAGAGGGAGGAGCAAGAGUACCUUGAAGAACUGAGGAGGAAUAGAGAAGAGGAAGAGCGCCUCCUUCAGGAAAAAGAGAGGAAUCGAAGAGAGGAGGAGAGGAGGCGACUGGAAGAGCAGAAGAGAUAUCAGGAGCAAGAUAAGGUGGACUCCUUUGGCUAUACCAAUGUUUACCCUCAAUUAUCCUACUCACACAGAUCUAUUUCCAAAUCAACUCCAGAACUUGAUGAGGUUGCAAAACCAGAUAUUAAAGCGAGCGGUGGUCUGGGUGAGUUCAGUAGAGACUAUAAGAAAGAGCCCCAGUCUCAGGCUGAGGUGGAGAGGCAGCAGAUCCUUCAUGAAAUGAGAAAGAAGACUUCCUUGAACACAGACAACAGCUGGAUUCGCCAGCAGAGCGCUGCCAAUGUUACCGCCAAAGAACCGAUUGAUCUGCCCGUCAGGAGAGGCGAGUCUCUUGACAAUCUCGAUAUGCCUCGUUCCUCUUGGAGAUCAUCAUGGAGCACAUCUAACAGCACCUCGUCCAUACCAGACUACAGCCGGCCUCAUUCGUCCCUCUCUGGCUCCUCGUCGUACCAGAGUGGACGUCCAGAGUCUGCAAAUCUGCAGUCAUCUCAGUCCAUGAGCUCCCUCAGGCAGUCCUGGUCCCCAUCCGCAGCUACACCAGAGCCAGAGCCUCGAGCUCCACCACGGAAUAGGUCAGUGAGUGGCAGGAAAAUAUGUUCGUUCUGUAAUACACCACUGGGCAAAGGAGCAGCCAUGAUCAUCGAGUCCCAGGGGCUCUGUUAUCAUUUGAGUUGUUUCAAGUGCUUUAAAUGCAGGUCUGAUUUGGGAGGCUCAGAAGCCGGAGCAGAAGUCAGAAUACGAAACCAACAGCUCUAUUGUAACUCCUGCUAUAUGCGACUCAAAACUGGGCAGCCCACAGCCAUGUGAUCUCGCAGUACUGCAGCAGAUCGAGGAGGAACCAAUCACAGACAAGGAACUGUAAACACUAGGAUUGUGUUGGAGAUUGAUAAACAUUGGGUGAUUUAGCCAUCUUUGAUUAUUUAAUGAGCUUCUAUUCUUCUUUUUCACUUAUGAGAGGGUGAGAUUCCUGAGGUUAUGUUUAUUUGAAAGUAUUCGUAAUUGUUUGUACAAAAGGGAUGUGCAUGUACCUUGAAUAUGAACUAUGCAUUUGAAAAGAUAAUUAAUGCACUGUCUUAUUCAUCAUCACUGAUUGAAUCUUCUGAUGACUUCUGGCUGGUUAACUGAUAUCUGUAUGUUCAUUAAAGUGUUUAUAGUAAUUAAUAGAAAUAUGCUAUUUUAUUGUCAUUGCUUAUUUAGGUUUCUCCUGCAGUCUUUUCUAUAUAAGGAUUUGCUGAAUAAAAUAUCCUGUGUGGUUCAUCUGUGUGCCUUUUUGUGUUCUGAUGGGAAAAGAUGAUUAAGGAUAAAUCCAUUAAGACUUUAUUUAAAAGUGGCAUGGUUAGUAAGCAGCACUCAUGAUGAGUUAUAUACUCUUUCAUUGGUAGCAUCUAUUUUAUGCAUCUGAGCAAUUUCUCUGCAGGGGGAAAAGAUGAAUCUAGAACAAAAGCAGCGUACUCCGUAAUAAUUGUAAAUAAAAUUUCCAAACUAUAA